UCAUUUCAUUUUACUCCUUUUUGAAGCAGUGGCUUGUUUUUUUAUCCCACUUUUCAUUUUUCCACAAUCCGCGGCUGCUCGCAUCCCUCUGAUCCCCGGCUCUCCCGCUCCAUUCUCCCGGCGUCAGGCUCUCCGGAUCCCGGCUGAUUCUCCUCCGUCUCUCUCCCGGCUCCUCUGAGAUGCUGUCCCCGCUCUCCGCUCCUCUCUCCGCCCUCUUUUAACUUCACAGAGACGCCGCUGUAAAGCCCGGGCUGCUGCGAGCCGGGGCUGGGAUCUAAAACAACCCCGAAGAAACCCAGAGGGAUCCGGGGCUCUACUCUGGAUCAGGACCCGGUACUUUGGGGAAGCUCGCUCGUGUGUCCCCCACCCCUCCUCCUCCCCUCCUUCCUCCUCCUCAUCGCUCCUCUUUUUCUCCACCUUAAUCCAGGUGGUCCUUUGGCUUCUUUGAGUGGCUGGUACAGGGAGGAUUAUUCUUCUUCUUCUUUCUUGUUUCUGGUGAAGGCAAAGCUCCCAGAAGGACACUUUGAUGUUCUCCAUCCAGGACAGCCUCCCCCGGGGGGCCCUGACCAUGAAGGAGGAGCCGCUCCCCACCGGCAUGACCCCGGUCCGCUCCUGGAUGCAGGGCGCAGGGAUUUUGGACGCCAACACAGCGGCCCAGAGCGGAGUGGGUUUAGCCCGAGCUCACUUCGAGAAGCAGCCUCCGUCCAACCUGAGGAAGUCCAACUUCUUCCACUUUGUCCUGGCGCUGUACGACCGGCAGGGUCAGCCGGUCGAGAUCGAGAGGACUUCCUACGUGGACUUUGUGGAGAAAGACAAGGAAUACAACGGAGAGAAGACUAACAAUGGAAUCCACUACAGGCUACAGCUUCUCUACAGCAACGGCAUCAGGACAGAACAGGAUCUUUAUGUUCGGCUGAUAGACUCCAUGACCAAACAGCCCAUCCUGUACGAAGGACAGGACAAGAACCCGGAGAUGUGCCGCGUCCUCCUCACCCACGAGAUCAUGUGCAGUCGGUGUUGUGACAAGAAGAGCUGUGGAAACCGAAACGAGACGCCCUCCGACCCCGUCAUCAUCGACAGAUUCUUCCUGAAGUUCUUCCUCAAGUGCAAUCAGAACUGUUUGAAAAAUGCGGGAAAUCCUCGGGACAUGAGGCGGUUUCAGGUGGUGGUUUCCACUACAGUCAACGUGGACGGUCACGUGCUCGCCGUGUCAGACAACAUGUUCGUCCACAACAACUCCAAACAUGGCCGCCGCGCCCGACGCCUGGACCCUUCUGAAGCAGCCACGCCCUGCAUCAAAGCCAUCAGUCCGAGCGAGGGCUGGACGACCGGCGGAGCCACCGUCAUCCUCAUCGGGGACAACUUCUUUGACGGUCUACAGGUCGUCUUCGGCACCAUGCUGGUCUGGAGCGAGCUGAUCACCCCUCACGCCAUUCGGGUCCAGACACCCCCUCGUCACAUCCCUGGGGUCGUGGAGGUCACGCUGUCCUACAAGUCCAAACAGUUCUGCAAAGGAGCACCGGGACGCUUCGUCUACACCGCCUUGAACGAGCCGACCAUCGACUACGGCUUCCAGAGGCUACAGAAGGUCAUCCCUCGCCACCCCGGGGACCCUGAGAGGUUACCUAAGGAGGUGCUGCUGAAGCGAGCGGCCGACCUGGUGGAGGCUCUGUACGGGAUGCCACACAACAACCAGGAGAUCAUCCUAAAGCGAGCGGCCGACCUCACCGAGGCUCUGUACAGCGUCCCUCGCAGUCACAACCAGCUGCCGUCUCUCACCGGCUCCGCCGCUCACUCGGGGAUGAUGGGAGUGAACUCGUUCAGCAGUCAGCUCGCCGUCAACAUCUCCGAGGCCUCGCAGGCCGACCAGGGUUACUCCCGUAACUCGAACAGCGUGUCUCCUCGCGGCUACGUGCCGAGCUCCACGCCUCAGCAGUCCAACUACAACACCAUCACAUCCACCAUGAACGGAUACGGAGCGGCGGGGAUGACCAACCUGGGCGUACCAGGAUCCCCCAGCUUCCUCAACGGCUCCACCGCCAACUCCGCUUACGCAAUCAAACAGAAGAGCGCCUUCGCCCCUGUCGUGCGGCCACAGACCUCCCCGCCCCCCACCUGCACCACCACCAAUGGCAGCAACCUCCAGGCCAUGGCAGGUCUCAUUGUCCCCCCCAUGUGAGGUGGAUUCCGUCAGACCCCCCUCAACCCCAGUGCUGAUGGCCCCGCCCACCUGAAACGCCACAGCAACAACAGCAGUGAAAAAUCCUUCCCAUCAUCCCUCAGUCCGACCGACUCCGUCCGACCCAGGCCACUGCACCGGAGGAAAAACGAGCUCUGGGCCAAAAUCUUCAUCCAUGAAUUCACCAUUGGACGACGACGUCAUGGCGCUCAUUCUUUCUUCUGAUGGCGGCUGAAGCCUCUGCAGACAUCAGCUGAUCUGACAGCCGAAACGUCUCCUCAGACAUCUGCAGUGGCUCCACGUCCGGGUGGCGCUCCCUCGGAGAAGGUCAGAGGUCAGGGAUAGGAACUGUGGGUGGGAGGGCAGGUGUCUGCAGUACCAUGUGUUGUGUGACUAUUUUUGUUCUGAGUUAUGAAACAGGUUAGUUUGACUUCAGAAGUCUGUGGAGCCUGAACUGGUCUCAGAUCAGUUUGAACCACUGUGAGACAGGAAGGAAGCAUGUCCACCGGGAGCCUCUGUCCACUGCAAAGACACGACCACAACAGUUCACUGGACCCGAGCACACACGGUAAAUUUAAAGGACCAUUCCCGUGGUUUUGUGUGUUUUAGUCAUUUAGUUCAGAACCUGUUCCAGCAUUUUUAAUACCUAACCUGCCGAACUUUAGACCGGCACCAGACACAAGACCUAAAACUAGGUUUGCUUUCCACUUUUAUCCAUAACUGAGCGACAGAAAUCAGUCCUCAGCGGAUCUGGUCUCAUCACACAGACAAAUGAAACAAAGACGCUGUGGAUGGUAAAAAAAAAAAAAAAAGUACACAAUUCAUGAGGAGGUCAAAUUUAACUGCCACAAUAAAUAAGAACAAUAAACGAUAAUGAAUGUGGUUGGUUCUCGUUGGAUCAGAGGCCCUCGUGGAUGCUGAACCUGAGUCGGACCAAGUCCAGAAACCAGGAGGAAUCAAACUCUUCAAACCUUUUUCUCAAUCUGGAAAAACCGUCAGACGGUUUCCAGAUUUCAAUCAGAUAUCCCACAAUCCCCUCUGCCCACGAAACCCAGUGGACCAGACUCCUUGGAACCACUGAUUAAUAUCACGUCUAACAGCCUUUUCCUUUCUGUGCCACAGCUUUUAAUUCAUGUCUGAGUCUCAUACUCUAAAAAGUAAGUUUUCUGUCCUGCCGAGGAGAGAAGAGCAAAUGUUACACUAACAUUUCUCUGAAUCAAGUCGAGGCAACACAAGGUUUUCCAUUUGUCUUUAAUUUUCAGUUUUGUUUUGGAUUUUUUUUCAUGACUGAAUCCAGUUCAGUAGUUCUGUUUUGCGGGUGUGUCGAGUGGUGGUAGAUUUUAACCAGAAAAAGCUUGCAGCAGUUUUAAUCACAUUUAGGUACCAGAUUUUCUUGUUAUUCUUCUGAUUGUGCUUAUUUUAUAUGUAUUUAUAAAGUAUGUUUUGGGGAGUUCCUUUUGUGAUUUAGGCCUGAAUGAUAGUCUCAAAUAUAUAUGUAAACACAUUUGAUGUCUUAAUACCUUUUAGAUAUUGUAAAAAGAGUGAACAAGUGAGAGGAAUUAGCCCUUUUGUAAAAACAAAAAACAUCAUGACAUGUUCACCCUGUUUUUGAAAGCAGGACAUAAAAAAACUGCUUUCAUCACUUUUGUAUAAAAACGCUUUUCCGAUACGAUAUUUAACUUUUUGUAAACAGCAUCAUUUGUGUUUCCCCUGGUUCUUCUCGUCCUUUGUGUAUUAUUGUGAAAUGUAUAAUCAUGGUUAUUUCUUAAUGCACUAUUUUCGUUGGGGCACUUAAUAAGAGCAAUGCAUCUUAGCAAAAAACAAAAAAGCUAAAAGUAAAAAAAAAAAAAAGAUGAAAGCUAGAACGAUAU